AUGGUUUUUUAUGCAUAUGUAAAACAUCUCACGAACAACCGGACCUCUCGAUAUGUGAUUACCUUCGCUAGUCGCGCAGUUGCCGAUGAGUGGUGGCGUGCCGUAUCCACUUCUACCACUGGUUUCGCGAACGGCAUUCAGCGUGUUGACGCCCAAUUUUACACCCAUGAGACACACCUAGCCCACGCCCCCGACUCCCUCAUCACGGCUGGGGUUGCGACUCAAUUCCUUGGAAAGGUGUUUUUCACCUCGCUGAACGACUUAAAUAUGAAUCUUCGCGGGUUGAACAUCAUCCCGCCGCUUGAUCAUUUGUUGACCACAUUAGCGGGAACUCCCCUACCAAAGUUUUUUCAUUCGGUUGAGAUGGUGAAGGAGCUUCUCUACACGGAGAAUGGGGAGGAGUGGGAACUCGCUUGA